AUGCAGGAUAUGCAGCAAGACAAGAAACAUAGCAUACACAGCAUAAAAAUACCUGGGUAUUUAAAAUAUAGGCAUCUGGUUGGUCUGGCUCUUCCUCAGUGCAUGUCUAUAUUAUUGCGCAUUAUGUCUGUGACAGAUUCAGUGAUUGCUUUUAAUGAAGCAAAAAGAGUAACCAGCACAUUAGAAGGAAUCAUUGAUACUGUAUCGCAAAUUACUAAAAUGAAAGUGCAGGAAAUACAUUAUAGAAGAAUAGAGUGCAUAUUUGGUCAAGUGUAUAUAUACACACCCAGCUAUAUACAUGGCACAAGAUGUCUUAUAAUGAGCAAGAGCACUGCGACCAAUAGAGCCAGCAAGCAAGAAUCUUCUGAGAAGCACGCAGAUGGCAAGGACAAAAGUGGAAAAAAUAAACAAAGAAAAAAACCUGAAGAAGAGACAAAUAAGGAGGUGGAUGUGUACAAGAAUAGUGACUUGCUUGAUAGAACAAAAAAUGAGAAAAAUAACGAAUUAUUACAUGAGGCUCGUAGUAAAAAGAUCUAUAGAUACAAUGAAGGGAAUAUAAAUGAAAAGAUGGCAAUGGAGUGGAUCAGCAAGAAUAUUUCUGAUAUAGACAAACUCAGUGAGACUGAAAUUCAAAGAGAAAUAGACCAAAGGCUGUGUGAAGAACUAACUAUAUAUAUAGAUAUAAAGGAUAGUAAAAACAGGGAUUUACUAGACACACAGGCCUGUGGUAGCGAUUUGUCUGCAGUGGAUGGUGACCCAACUCUAUAUCCCUCAAAGAACAAAAAAGCUAAAAUAUCACAGGAUAUUGUAGAUGCUGACCAAUCCGACAGUGGUAAGGAUAAUAAAACUGAGGGUCCGGACAAAACCAUAGACAGUGACAUAAAUAAGCCAUCUAGUGCGCUGCCAAUCCAGAGUAGCACCUUGGAAGAUGUGAGCAACGGAAAUUCAAUUCUUGCUCGCAUUAAAAAAAGAGAGGCGGAUAGAAGAGAAAAGUUUAUUCUAAUGGAAAAGGAGAAAGAGAAAGAGAUCAUUAAAGCUCUGCAUUCAAUCUUUACUCUUGCGAUUUCUUCCGACAAGAAAUCCUUCUCUUUGGACUUCCUCUCGCGUACUCUUUCCUUCUCUUCAGCCCUCCAGCUCUCUGAUGUUCUUUCCCAUCCCCUCUCCACAAACCUUAUACAUACCAAGCGUACUGUUGACAAGACUUAUCUUAUUUUAAAUAUUUCUCUGUAUCACACAUGCAACUUGUAA